ACUGACUCCUAAUGCGAACUGCAGUUCUGGUCGUACCCAGCAUGCACAGCAGAGCUAUUAGCGCUUAGCUGAACAAGUGUAGACAGAAGACAACAACAACAGCAUGAUCCCAGCCAAACGCCAGGCUGAUGGACUAGUAGGCCAACUAUGGACCCCGAUAACGAGUAUCAGUACAUGGCAACAAAAGUGUGGCUCUUGCUGACUAGUCAUCUGGCUCGAUGAGGAGUUUGAUUUUAUCGAUAAACGUCCAAUAAGGUGCUCAUUGUUUCUCAAGUGUUUUAACAUAUACUGCUGCUAAAUAGCUCGAGUCUAUGCGCGAGUGUCUUCCGGCGGGAGCAGCAGCAGAAGCGGUGCCAUGAACAGUGGACUCCCAGCUUCAGCUGCUCCGCUCGGGGGUGUCGGAAUACCCGGUGUAAAGGUGAAAUUCUGCCGAUAUUACGCGAAAGACAAGACUUGUUUUUACGGAGAUGAAUGCCAGUUUCUGCACGAGGACCCGUCCAUGGCGAGCCUUUCUCUGCACGGUGGUAGUACAGGUGCUGGUGGCGGAGGAGGAAGCCCCGUCUCUUUAUCUCUCGCCGGAGGAGCAGUGACGGCGGCGGGAUAUGUGCUCGGAAGUAGCGCGGCCAGCGGCGCUCCGGCAAACGUUCCCAAAAAGAACGAUUCUCUCGGUCCUGCGGGAACAGCUCUGGAGGGACAGCUGUUGUCCAUCCCUGGGAUGGAGGGAGGUGCUCUGAAUGAUGCCAGUCUGACCAACUCGUACUUCAGCAGCACCUUUAUUGGGGUCAAUGGGUUUGGAGGCCCAGCAGAGUCCAAAUAUUCAAUGAUGCAGAGGAUGACCAGCAGUAGCAGUUCUCCGAGUCUGCUGAACGAUGGUGCCAAGACCUUCAGCCACAGCACACAUGAUCCAGUAAAUUCCCCAACAUCAUCUCUCUUCAGUGAUUUUGGUGCUUUGAGCUUAUCACAAAGGAGAAAGGCUCCUAACCCCGCAGCCAGUGAGUUUGUCCCCAAAGGGGCCCCACGGAUGACCUCCAUGUCUCAGACGACCGUGCCAGCAUUCACCUCCCCCAUCUUCCCUCAUCCUGGCUUGAGCAGCUCCACGGCGGCUGCGCUUGCACCUGGUAUGUCGCUCUCUGCUGGGUCAUCUCCUCUUCACUCCCCCAAAAUUACCCCUCACACCUCUCCAGCCCCACGGCGGCGCAGUCACACGCCCAACCCCAACCCAGCCAAUUACAUGGUGCCCACCACUGCAUCUGAUCAGGGAGGCGGAGCCCACGUGAUUCAAAAGGAGACUGUGGGCGGGACAACCUACUUCUAUACCGACAACACCCCUGCUCCCUUAGCCGGAAUGGUGUUCCCAACAUAUCACAUGUAUCCACAAACGGCACCUCAUGUGGCAUACAUGCAGCCAAAAGCCAAUGCGCCAUCCUUUUUUAUGGCUGACGAACUCCGACAGGAGCUGAUUAACAGGCAUUUGAUAACGAUGGCACAGAUAGAUCAGUCUGAGAACCCUGGAGUGCCAUCUGAGGUAGACAGUUACCACAGCCUCUUUCCCCUGGAACCCCUUCCCCCACCAAACCGUCUUCAGAAAACCAGCAACUUCAGUUACAUCACUUCCUGUUACAAGGCAGUCAACAGCAAAGAUGACCUGCCUUACUGCCUCAGGAGGAUACAUGGCUUCAGGCUGGUCAACACCAAGUGUAUGAUGCUGGUAGACAUGUGGAAGAAGAUUCAGCACUCCAAUACUGUGACCCUCCGAGAGGUCUUCACCACCAAAGCAUUUGGAGACCACUCACUGGUAUUUUCCUAUGACUUCCAUGCGGGGGCAGAGACCAUGUUCAGCAGGCACUUCAACGAUCCGGCAGCAGAUUCUUACUUCACAAAGAGAAAGUGGGGGCAGCAUGAGCUCCCUCCUCCACGGCAGCAUGCGGGCCUCUUACCAGAGUCGUUGAUUUGGGCCUACAUUGUUCAGCUGAGCUCGGCACUGCGCACCAUUCACACGGCUGGGCUGGCCUGCAGGGUCAUGGACCCUAGUAAGAUCCUCAUCACUGGAAAGACACGGUUACGAGUCAACUGUGUGGGAAUGUUUGAUGUCUUAACGUUUGACAAUAGUCAGACCAACCACCUGGCGCUGAUGCCCCAGUACCAGCAAGCAGAUCUCAUCUCCCUGGGGAAGGUGGUGUUGGCUCUGGCGUGUAACUCUCUAGCUGGCAUUAAGAGAGAAAAUUUGCAGAAGGCCAUGGAGCUGGUGUCAAUCAACUACUCAUCUGACCUCAAGAACCUCAUUCUGUACCUGCUCUCAGAUCAAAGCCGCCUGCGCAGCGUCAAUGACAUUAUGCCCAUGAUUGGAGCGCGGUUUUACACUCAACUCGAUGCCUCACAAAUGAGGAAUGAUGUCAUUGAGGAGGACUUGGCCAAGGAGGUUCAAAAUGGGCGGUUAUUCCGCCUACUGGCAAAACUGGGAACGAUCAACGAGAGACCAGAGUUCCAGAAGGACCCAACGUGGUCUGAGACUGGUGAUCGUUACCUGCUGAAGCUCUUCAGAGAUCACCUGUUUCACCAGGUGACUGAAGCAGGAACGCCCUGGAUCGACCUCAGCCACAUCGUGUCCUGUCUCAAUAAGUUGGAUGCUGGAGUACCGGAGAAGAUCAGUCUGGUGUCACGGGAUGAGAAGAGCGUGCUCGUGGUGACUUACUCAGACCUGAAGCGUUGCUUUGAGAGCACCUUCCAGGAACUGCUGGCCGCCACGAACGGCCCCCUGUAACCCCCCAGCCAUCCACAAGAGUGGGCUGGAACUGCCUGAAACAGAGCACAUUGCACUACAGCCUGGAAUCAUAGGUGCAGAAUGAUGAUCUCACGACCAGGGCGGAGCCAGCUGGUUGCUCACCUCCAGUCAGAUACACUGUUCUGUCCAGAGAAAAGUUGUUUUCUAAAGCUUAUUUUUUUAGUUUUCACAACAACCACCGCAGCUGCAGAAUUAUGAACUGAACUGAGAGCUGUGAUAAUGAUGAUGAAUUUUUUUGGUUUUGUUUUUUUAAGACUUGGGAACAAUGUCCAAAAAAAAUGAGACUUCCUGCUUUUAUUUUUAAUUUUUUAUUUUUUCUUUGGAGGAUGCACUAAACAUUUUAAGUUCCUUUUAAGUGAUUGUGCGUGUCCCACAGGGUCGGGCCUCACACAUGUAAUGGAAGAAAAACAGAGCGCCGUUUUUCCCACAUCAUCUCCUCGCGCGUUUUUAAUGAGGUACUACGAAUUAGGACAGACCACUGGUCAUGUGUGCAGAGCCAUCGGUUCUGACGGGACAAACCGCUGGGUUGGGCAAACUAAUGAGACUGACCACUUAUGAAUGUGUGGCAUGAGUAGUAACAUGCCGCCACUCCUCGUCUGCUGUAAUGACUCAUUUAAAAGUUGGCCAACUUGGAGGCGGGAGGGGAAGUUACUGUUUGCGUGCAGUCGAGGG